AUGUCUGGAGCGGAACACCCCAUUACUCAUUUUGGAGGCAAGCUAAAGGUUGACCAGUUCAUCCAACAGGAUAAGGAACUGUUGAGCAAAAUAAUAUUUAUGGGGGCUGGGUACUAUGCCACAAAUAUCGUAUUGCCUAUGAUUACUCCUAAUAUCCUUGCCAAUAUAAUAUCUCUUCCAGAGGAUUGCCCUAUCGCCACCGUGGGUGGCCCCAGAGUCAGCCCUUGUAUCUACGCACUGGUCAUCUUGAAUCAGCCAGAGCUCACUCUACCUGUAAAAAUUCUUCUGGCAGAGUCCGAGACUGGAACAGACCGAGAGAUGGUGAAUAUCUGGUCGGAGGAAGCAGGAAAGCCUGUCAAGUACUCUCAAUCCCAAUUGAGCACUACGAUAACAUGUGGACUUAAUGGGGCCAUGAAAUUGCACAAAUGCUACAGUUCUGGAGUGAAGCGCGCGAAAAGAGCUGGACCUCAAAGCAUCCUGUGUUGA